AUGGGAACUCUUUGGCUAACUAUUUUCAUGUUGUAUUUGCUAGCUAUUAUUGUUAGUUAUUGCAAUAGUAAAAUUUCUGCAAUAUUUAUCUUUGGAGACUCAUUGGUAGAUUAUGGAAAUAACAAUUACAUUUUAAGCACUUAUGCAAAAGCCAAUUUUCCUCCCUGUGGAAGGGAUUUCCCUAGUGGAGCAACAGGGAGAUUUUCAAAUGGAAAUCUCAUUCCAGAUCUUAUUAGACCCAAUGAAAAUACUUUAGUGACAGAAUGUUUACCUUUGGCUCCAUCUUGUUUAGAUCCAAGAAAGUAUGUUUAUUGGGAUCAAGUUCAUCCUACCUCUAAAACUUAUAACAUUCUUGCUAAUCUAUUUUGGAAUGGAAGUGAUUAUAUAUAUCCUAUCAAUAUCCAGCAAUUAGUUGCUAAAUAA